AUGCAGGAGUUCUUGAACCUGUUACGGUGCUCAGACCACCGAGAAACGGUCGUCAAGGAGUGCGCAGAAAAGGGAAUCCAGUGGCAUUUCAAUCCGCCCAGUGCACCACAUUUUGGAGGACAGUGGGAGGCAGCAGUACGGUCAGCUAAAACCCACUUGAUCAAGGUCGUGGGAGAAACACCGUUGUUGGCCAAAGAUUUGACCACACUUCUGGUGCAGAUUGAAGGUUGCCUCAACUCACGACCGUUAACGCCGAUGUCCGAUGAUCCCACUGAUUUUGAGCCUCUGACGCCUGGCCACUUCUUGAUUGGCUCCUCAUUACAGUCGUUCCCCGAGCCGAAUCUGGAAGCCCUCGCAUUGAACCGCUUAACUAAAUUCCAGUUAAUCCAACGGAUGAUGCAGGAUUUCUGGAGAAGGUGGCGAAGGGAGUAUCUGUGCCAGUUGCAGGGCAGGUCCAAGCGCUGGAAGCCAGCAAUUAAUAUCGAGGUUGGGAAAUUGGUUGUUAUCCGGGACGAUAAUCUCCCACCGAUGUAG